UCUGCUCCUUCCCUAUGUUUGGCUGGAUCUGAGUUGAACCAAAGUCGGUUUCCUAUUUUUAUUGUUUCAUUCAGAAUCUUACACACACACACACUUCACUGUCUCCCUCACACACACAUAUAUAUAUAUACCCUUCUUUUCACUCUUCUCCAUACCCACCAAAAUCACUUCUUUUUGUUCCUUAUUUGCUUAGAUCACCAAUUUCUUUCAUACCCAUUUCAUAAAAACCUUCACAAAAUAAUGGGUCGGUCACUUUUUCUCGUGAUUCUUCUUGUUUCAUCUUUUCUCUUUCUCUCAUUUGGUUAUGGUUUUGGAAGAGUGUUACUUAUGGAGACAGUUGAAGAUGGAGAUUCUAUGAAACGACUCAUGGAGCAUGCUAAUAGGAAAAUGAGAGAAGUGUAUGAAAUUAUGGAUUAUUCAGAGCCAGAGCCAAAUACCAAUCCCAAGAGUGGGAUUAUUUCCAGUCCUCCUCCAACAAUUAUUCCAGCUUCUCCACCAUACGCUUAGAUGUAACAACAAAAUUAUAAAAUUUGAUUCAUCUAAAGUAAGUUUAAUUCACUUUAAAAGGUAAAGUGAAUAUUACGAAACUUUGGUUAAGAAAUCAAAGUUAGAUAUUGCAAUUAAAUCAUGAUAAAUUAUGAGUUUGUUGAAAUAAAGGCGGUUUGAUUUUUUCACUAUAUAUCGAGCUCAUUUUAGUGGAAUCAAAUUUCAAAAUUAAUUAGAUUUUUGCAAUGGUUUGUAAAAUAAAUUGAGCGUGUAAUCACAUUCACCUUUAACUUGAGAUCCAUAGAAUUGGGAUCAUGUUAAAUUUGUUGCUGCUAGUUUAUUUUCUUUGGUUUGUCUUGUGCUUUAAGAAAUGUAAUGAUAAAAUGGAUAAUAAAAUGUAUUAGUAUA